AGCCUUUAGUAAUGUCGAUCAUGUUUGGUGCUGCUUGAGGUUGUACACGUGCGUGGUCGCCGAUUAAUUCCAAUAAUACACAUUUUGUGUGAGACGACCAAGUCUGUUGAUCCCUGUAAUAUAAUUGGAAGUAAUAUUAGAUACUGAAAAUGCAGCACGACGAUGUUGUCUGGAGUAUUAUUAACAAAUCUUUUUGUUCUUUUAAAGUAAAUACAAAAACACAGAAAUUCUGUCGGAAUGAAUAUAACUUGACUGGCUUGUGCAGUAGAGCAGGCUGUCCGCUUGCUAAUAGUCAGUAUGCUACUGUUAGAGAAGAAAAUGGAAUUAUAUAUCUUUUUAUGAGAACAGCUGAAAGAGUAGCUUUUCCAAAAAAUAUGUGGGAAAAAGUAAAAUUGUCUAGGAAUUUUGAAAAAGCCAUUCAACAAAUAAACGAGAAUUUACUCUAUUGGCCUGGAUUUAUAAAAUCAAAAUGUAAGCAAAGAUUUGUAAAAAUCACACAGUAUCUUAUACGUAUGAGAAAGUUGAGACUCAGGAGACAAAAGAAAAUUGUACCACUUCAAAGAAAGAUAGAGAGAAGGGAAAGACGUAGGGAGGAAAAGGCUUUAGUUGCUGCAAAAUUAGAUACUGCCAUUGAGAAACAGCUUAUGGAAAGAUUGAAAUUAGGAGUGUAUAAUGAUAUAUACAACUUCCCACAAAAAGUGUUCGACAAAGCUGUUGAAGCUGUUGAGGUCGAGGGUGAGGCUGAGAGUGAAGAAGAGGAGGAACUGGAGCAGGAAAUUGAAAGAGAAGUUGAAAUGGAGUUGGAAAAAGGUGAAACCGAAUUUGAAACAAACGGGCCAGAAUAUAUUGAAGCAGAUAGUGAUGAUGAAGAUGAAGACAUGCAAGAAACGUCAAUGGACGAAGACAGUGAUUCAGGCGUUAAAGAAGACGUGGAACUUUCGGAUAGUUUUGAAUCCGAAACAAGUGACAUUGAAGAUAUAGCACCAUCCACAAGUAAACAAUCGAAAUUGUCGAAAUCAAAGAAAAAGACAAAGAGUGUCAAGAAAAGCAAAGCCAGACCCAGAGUGGAAAUAGAAUACGAAGUAGAGAAUGAACCUCUACAAAGGCUGAAGCACUAGUUGUGAAUAAAUAGAAAAAUAAAACCGUAUUUUUUACAAGCUAUCUAAGCAGCCUUUAUAUUUUAGCAUAAUAAUUGGGUGAUCCUCGCUUCACCACAAUAUCAAAGCUACCGAUAAUUUGAACAUGUGUUUCCUGAAACCAGGUAAUUUUGGUAGCUGAAUUUAUUGUACCAAUCAUUCAUAUAGAAUUAAAGAUACUAAAAACCUGA